CUCCUUUAUGCUCUAUUUAUGGUCUUGCAAUAUUUGCCCUCUCAAGAUGAGAAAAACUGUUAAUGUCUGUCUCUGUGGCCAACAUGGGACACACACACACACAUAUAUAUGACGGCCAACUUGGGACAUACAUACACACAUAUAUAUGAACGGGUGUGCAAACAUACGAUAUCAAAGAGGACUGUGAGAGGGAUGUCUGUGGUUUCCCCUGCCUUGUAAGGAACGAGCCCUUCACUGCUCUGUUCCUUCAAAUCUCUGUCCUCUGUCGUCCCAUCCCCGCCCAGACAGAAGCCGAAACACAGAGCUUCAUUCGCAUCAAUGGAGUUGAGCACUUUGGCCCUGGUUCUUUCGGUCGUGAGCGGGCUCCUCGGUGCCCUGUUCUGGGGUAUGAGCAGGGUGAAUUGCUUCGUUUACGAGAGGAAGCUCGGGGAGAAGAGGCUGUGGCUACCUCCAGGGGACCUCGGGUGGCCGUUCAUCGGGAACAUGUGGACUUUCCUCAGAGCCUUCAAGUCCGGCGACCCUGAUUCCUUCAUGUCCACUUUCAUCUCCAGAUUUGGACAAACUGGAAUUUACAAGGCCUUCAUGUUCGGGAGCCCAAGCGUGAUUGUGACUAUGCCCGAGUCGUGCCGAAAGGUGUUAAUUGAUGAUGAGAAAUUCAAGCCUGGCUGGCCCGUCUCAACGGUAAACUUGAUCGGAAAGAAAUCCUUCAUUGCGAUUUCAGCUGAAGAGCACAAGCGGCUCCGGAAACUGACAGCAGCCCCUGUGAACGGGCAUGAAGCGCUGUCCAUUUACAUGGAAUACAUACAAGAGAAUGUGGUAUCAGCACUGGAGAGGUGGUCUAGGAUGGGGGAGAUCGAGUUUCUGACCGAACUCCGGAAGCUUACUUUUCAGAUAAUCAUGUAUAUUUUUCUGAGCUCUGAGAGUGAACCUGUGAUGGAGACGCUAGAGAGGGAAUACACCACACUUAAUUAUGGAGUCAGAGCCAUGGCGAUCAAUCUUCCUGGAUUUGCCUAUCACCGAGCACUUAAGGCUCGGAAAAAACUUGUGGCGAUUUUUCAGUCGAUAGUGGAUGAUCGAAGAAAACAGAAGGAUCAGAACAUUCCAAAGGAAAGGAAGGACAUGAUGGAUGCGUUGUUAGAAAUCAAGGAUGAGAAUGGCCGGAAGCUGAGCGAUGAGGAGAUCAUUGAUGUCCUAUUGAUGUACUUAAAUGCAGGCCACGAAUCCUCAGGCCACACCAUAAUGUGGGCCACCAUUUUCCUUCAACAACAUCCCCAAAUCUUAGAGAAAGCAAAGGCUGAGCAAGAAAAGAUACUGAAGAAGAGGCCGCCGACUCAGAAGGGUUUGACAUUGAAAGAGUACCGAGAAAUGGAGUAUCUGUCUCAGGUAAUUGAUGAGACGCUUCGCAUAAUUACGUUCUCACUCGUGGUUUUCCGGGAGGCAAAAUCAGAUGUUAAUGUAAACGGUUAUGUAAUUCCGAAAGGAUGGAAAGUGUUGGUAUGGUUUAGGACUGUUCAUUUGGAUCCUGCAAUAUAUCCGAACCCAAAGGAGUUCGAUCCUUCCCGAUGGGAUGGUCAUACAACAAAAGCUGGGACUUUCCUUCCCUUUGGGGCGGGUAGUAGGCUGUGCCCUGGGAACGAUCUAGCUAAGCUUGAGAUUGCUAUAUUUCUCCAUCAUUUCCUUCUUAAUUAUCGGCUAGACCGCGUCAAUCCCAAUUGCCCAGUUCGGUAUCUGCCCCAUUCGAGGCCAACUGACAACUGCUUGGGGAGAAUAAGAAAACUCUCAUCCGCUUCUGUAUAGUAUCAAAAGAAGUGAGAAAGGUCGGUCGGCUAAUGCGACUUAUGACUGUACAAUCUGCACAAGAGAUGAGUUCUCUAGUUCGUCUUGGGACAUCUCCAGUUCUCAAGUUCAUCUUUGCAAGUAGGCAGUCUGCAUAGGAUGAUUGAACAGAGGAAGGACAGGGCUGCAAAUAAGUGAAAGAAGGCAACAUAUAGUAGGCUUAUAGGAUUCUCAUUUUGGGGAGACGAAUGGGAAGGGGAUGAUUCUUUUCUAUCUUUUCAAACUAUUCAAGAAAAUUACCUCUCUGUCUGCAGAUAAUGGAUAAUUAACUAUUAUUAUUCAUAUUUAUUAAGAAGUUGUUGUUGCUGCAGUUGUGCAGAUCCGUA